CUUAGCUGGUAUUAAUCCGAAACAUAUGCCAAGCGGUGACCUCCCUUGCCCCUUUUGCCUCUAAGUACCGAAACGAUAUUCCCUUGGAACGAUGACGACGACGACGACGACUUGGAGGACGUCGCAGAUGCGAAACGGGAGGGCAAAUAAAUUAAUAAGGCCAGGUUACGAAGGUGCGAGAUCGAAAGCCGAGCGGUACCGGGCUCCGAUAGAACGACGACGUUCUUGACUUUGUAAUCGGAGAGGAUAAAACGCGGCUUAAGCAGCGGCUAAAACGUAAAACGGAAAGGCUGACUCGACCGACGCGUCCAAGAUCGGGCCCUUUUUCGAGCCGCUUCUCGGUUUUCGAGAGGACACGACGCGUUUUCGGAAUUAACCACCUCGUUGUUCGUCUACGUGGCGAAGCAACGGCUUCGAAGAGUGUCCGGGGAGUCGUGUUGCAUCUACUUCGGAUUAUCCGGCGGCCAAGCCAGCUGCCAACCGCACCAACCUCGAUCUUACAUCCCCAUCUUCCGUGAUCGGUUUCGAUAUUCGUACGCUGGGAACUUUCCGUUAGCCGUGACUUCCGUUCCGUGCUUGGUGUCGCGUUGCGAUUCUCCUAAGACAAUCGUCGCGUCGGACGAGAGGAAAAUUACCACGUCAUUCAUCGAGUUAAGAAUGUAAAAACGUUUGGCUUGGACUUUAAACUUUGAACCAGAGAAGUAGUAAACAAUUUGUGGGUACAAAGUGUUCGAGCUUGAAUAUUAAGCGUUUGAGUAGUAAGCAGAAGAGGGUAAUUCGGUGGAGCGGAGGAGUUUCGCGUAGAGGCGGCCGCGAGGCGCGGGGGGGUGGUCGUGGUGGGGGCCGAGGGGGUGGUGAUGUGGCCGAACAGCCUGGGCGGUACUUCCGGUUGCAGCGGAGGCGCCGGCGCCACCGAUCUCGGGGGCCUCGCCGCCUCCACCACCUCGGCCUCCGAUCUUUUCGGGCCCGCCGCAUUCGGCGCGUCCGCGGCCGGGCCCUACGGUGCCCUUAAAACCAACCCUUACGUCAGUGCCCUUGGUAUGCCACCGAUCGAGGCUCUUCACACCACCAUAGGCUACCCCGGUUGUACUCCUGCUGGUGAGUCCUACUACUGUAAUCCAAGAAAGCAACGAAGGGAACGAACGACGUUCACUCGAGCACAGUUGGACGUUCUCGAAGGACUUUUCUCGAAGACGAAAUACCCCGACAUUUUCAUGCGGGAGGAGGUGGCGAUGAAGAUCAAUCUCCCGGAAUCGAGAGUGCAGGUGUGGUUCAAAAACCGCAGAGCUAAAUGCAGGCAACAGCAGAAGCAGCAACAACAGCAACAGGACAAGGCACCGAGGUCGAAGAAACCCUCGGGGAAUCCGACCAACAAUCCGCCCUCUGGAAAAAGUCCUUCGAUUGCUACCACGCCCACGCCUGCCGCCGCGGUGCCUGCCACAACACCCCUAAGCGGAGGUACAGGUGGUUCAGCAGCCAGCUCGCCAGCUCUUCUCCGAGAUUCCCCUCAGUACAAACCAGCGGGAAGCCUGCUUCUGGCAGCCAGUACGACCCCUCCGAGCUUAGGUGGAACGGUGUACAGUAGCGGCGGCAGCAGCAGUAGUAUUUGGAGCCCAGCUGUGACGGAAAGCGGUGGGGGAUUCCCGGGUGACCAUCAGAGGUUAGCGUGGACAACAACCAGUUCCCAGCAGCAGUGCUACCAAAACUAUUCUUCUUAUUACACCAACAUGGAUUAUCUGUCUCCCGCAACGCAUCAACUGAACGUUGUGGAUGGAGGAGGCAGCGGUUUGGACAAUUCGUGGAGCAAAACGAGGGACGAGAGCGCAUCGUCUUGGUUUUACAACAGCGCCGGUUGGGGCGAUCGAAAGUGAACCUAAGAGUCUCGCUGAUUGAUGCAAAACAUCAAGACUUUGGUACAUAUCAUCGACAAUAGAUAAACGAACUCUGUGUCGCUGAUUAAGCGACGUGAAACGCGGCCAAAGACAGUCUUCUUCGCGUUAAUAAACAUAUCGUUACAUUGCGAGCGUCGAGCUUCCGAAUUCUUCGUUGCGUGAUCAUGGGGUGCCAUAUCCAUUUUCUUGCGUUCGACGGAAUCACGUAGCGAAAUAUUUUUCCUUAUUUGUUUCGAGGAUACAACUGCGAUCAGUGCGGUGUUUCGACGUGUUUCAAAGAGAAAAGUACCUAUUUUAUUUCCGAUCAAACUAUAAAACCGUUGCUCGUUUCAACCUUAAGAACUCUCGAUAACCCCGUUAUUUAAUAAUCACAAAUUUGUUUAUCACUUAUUUUUAUUUGCAGCGAAAGAAAUACUCGACGCGUUUGAUCUAGUUUCCCUUCGUUUAUCGAAACGUGCAAUCUGAUUAGUUGUCGCGAAAUGUUCACUUAUUACUACACUAGUCAUCCCGAUGAAAAUAUUUCUGAAAGAUAAACGAUUUAAGAUGGGAGCAGAAUAAAUUCGUGCAUUUCGCGUUACGUUGCUUCGUCUUUUUCCGUGUGAUACCGUUCGUAUUCGUUACGGUAAACGUUCGUUAUUGUCACGAAUUUUUUUUGUAAUUAAUACACCGUGAAGAAUCGAUCGUUCGCCAUGAGAGCAGGCGACUUCUUAAUACCACUGAUGUAUAUAAUAUAAAUAGUCCUGCGUCGUUCGGAGAAAUCAAUGUAGUUAGCUGGAAUUUGCAGGAAGCGACGAGAGAAACUGUAGAUCCUUUUUGCUAUCUUCGUUAAAAACAUCCCAGCAAAACUUAUGUACGUAUACACAGGGUGAUUCAAGAAUAAGUUAUCGCGAUUUGUGUUAUUUUAAAAGUAGGAAUAUAUAUUUUUCUUCCUGUGUUCUUGUAGCACCUAAGGUAUAGAACGAUGGAGAUUAAUUCCUGAAUCAUCCUGUAUACGAGGACAAGCUGAUCAUUUAUGUACAUAUGUACCAUUUUUCGGACGUAUCUUCUGAACUGGUAAAAUAUUCAAGAAAACACUUCGAUAUUUGUUUCAUCAAUUGUGACGGAAAUUGAUUCGAUACCUUUGAGAAUUAUCCUUUCAUCGUAAUCCAAAUUACCAGGGUAUAGCUAUCGAAUUGAGGAUUGUAUUCAAUCGGAACCGAAAAACGUCGAUUAAUCGUUUGUAUUUGUGGACCUGUACAUAGGAAAACUUGCAUCCGUGCUCGGGAUGGGGUGUUUAGUUCCUCUUUUCAUCGAACGAAAUAAUCAUCGACAUCUCCACGGACGCGAAACUUUGAUUCAGCAUACGUAAUAGAAGAGACGAGGUGAAACAUCAAUAUGUAAAGUGAGAAAAAGUAUAUAGUAUAAAUGUAGGGAUGUAAGUAACGUGACUGUUUAGAUUGUUAUUAUAAAAUGCUAUCGAUAACGAUACUACGACUAUCGAGGGAGAGAACAACGACGACGUACGUGUCAUAAGAUAUAUGAAAUAAUAUAUUAAAUUUGAAUUGUAA